UGCACUUCACGACGACAGCCAGAGUGCAUACAGCAAUGUGGGCGAAGGCGACUCUACUGCUGGGACUCUUGGCGGCGUCUGCCGUGGAUGCGGCCGGCCUCCGCAGCCGCUAUGACGAGGCCAGCGGACGCAUCCUGCUGUUCUCCAACAGCGGUGGACAAGAGGUGGAACUGGGAUACAUCGAAGCUGGCAGCAGUGGCCCAUCGCCGGCUCCACGCUAUGAGAGUGGCAAUGAUGAGGAGUCCUUCCUCUUCGACAACUCCAAAGUGGUCAUCCGGCGUGAAGACAGAUCGGGAAGUUGCCUCACUAUCAAGCACUGGAAGAACUCCUCUAGCGAGCCCGUCGUGAUGUGCCAGAACCACCUGAGCAGCCACAUCUACGGCGGCGUCGAGUCCACCUACCGCGACUGGCCGAUCGAGAAGAACGUUUACAAGCACUACGCAUACGUCACCAACAAGAUACACCACGCCACCAUCGCCGCGCGCUACUGGCUCUUCUCCGACGGAAGACUUGUCCGCGUCCAUUCGAACGUCCCUCUCUUUGUCGACCAACACACCAAUCUGACGAAGGACAAGCUGUGCUUCAGCGCCUGGAACAAGUCUCCCUAUCCGGAGGACCGGCCCGACAACCUGAUGGAGUACGAGAUGUGUUCGUUCGCCGACGCGAGGCGGGCGCACUUGUACGCAGUCCAGAACUACCUGGGAAAACCCACGGCGAUCCCGGAGGAAAGCGUGGCCCUUCACCCCACCUGGCAAGUUGUGCCGCCCGAAGCGAACGUGAGGGACAGGGCCGCCGACGUAGUCGACCACGGGUUCGACUCCGGCGUUAUCGAGAUACACGACCGCUGGGAGACCUGCAGCGGCAGCCUCACGGUCGAUACUACCCGCUUCCCCGACAUGCGCGCCCUCACGGACGACCUCCACGCUCUGGGCUUCCGCGUCACGCUCUGGAUGCACCCGUUUGUGAACAGAGACUGCGAGCCAUUCUACUCUGAGGCGCUGGACAAAGGGUACUUCGUGCUCAACAAAAGCGGCACCUUCAUUACUCGCUGGUGGAGGGGUUUCGCCGGCGUUGUCGACUUCACCAAUCCCGAGGCAGCAGCUUGGUGGACGGAUCGAGUUUCGGCACUUCGCAACGAGACUGGGGUGGACGGCUUCAUGUUCGACUUCGGCGAGUCCAGCUACCUGCCGGAGCAGCCAAACAUCCAGCCGCGGGACAGCAGCCCCGUGGCGUUCACCGACGCCUACGCACGCGCAGCCUCCCAGUUCGGGCCCAUGGCCACACUGCGCACCAGCGUGGAGAGCCAGCGCCUGCCCAACUUCUUCUUCAUGGACCCGGUGGACAGCAGCUGGGGCAAGCAGAGCGGCCUGCAGACGCUGGUGCCCAAACUGCUCGAGAUGAGCAUGCUGGGCCACCCUUUCGUGAUGCCGGAGAACGUGGGCGGCGAUGAGAACCAUGGCUCGUACCCUUCCAGUGACAUGUACAUCCGCUGGAUGCAGGCCACCGUCUUCAUGCCUGCCAUGAGGUACCACGUCAAACCCUGGGACUACGACAACGAGACCCUGGAGAUCUGCCUCAAGCUGAUUGACUUGCGCGCCCAGUACGCGCCGCGGAUCGUCGAGCUGAUGAAGAAGACUGUCGAGGACGGGACGCCCGUCAACCUGCCCAUCUGGUGGCUCGACCCCACAGACUCCACCGCUCAGGAAAUCAGCACAGAGUACCUGUUGGGCGAGGACGUGCUGGUGGCGCCCGUGGUGCAGCACGGGAGGACCAGCCGCGACAUCUACCUGCCCGAGGGCUACUGGCGCGACGAGUCGGACCCGGAGCACCCCACCAUACGGGGACCCACCUGGCUCUACGCCUACCCGGCACCUCUCGACACCCUGCCCUACUUCACCAGGGUCAGCUCCUAGCAUCCACUGGCUGAAUGUGGCGGCAGUUUCCAUGCAGGCUGGCGUAAUCUGACGAAAUAACACGGACGUGCAUA